UCUCGUCCGCAGCUGCCUCCAUGCCAAGAUGCCACUCAUAAAGGACCUCCUGCACCCCUCCCCCAAGGAGAAGCGGAAGCACAAGAAGAAGCACCUGGUGCGGAGCCCCAACUCCUACUUCAUGGACCUCAAGUGCCCGGGUUGCUACAAAAUCACCACGGUUUUCAGUCACGCCCAGACAGUCGCGUUGUGCAUCAGCUGCUUGACUGCGCUGUGCCAGCCCACUGGUGGAAAGGCAAGGUUGACAGAAGGAUGUUCUUUCCGGCAGAAGCAACAUUAAACAGUGGACACUUGGCACCGGAUG